AUGUCUCUGCAGAUCCCCACCCGCGGCAAGACGCAGGAUGCGGCCACGACCAAGGCGGUCAUCUUGGUCGGCGGUCCCUCGCGCGGCACUCGAUUCCGCCCUCUGAGCCUCGACGUUCCCAAGCCCCUCUUCGACGUCGCCGGCCAUCCCAUCAUCUGGCACUGCCUCGCGGCCAUUGGUCGCAUUCCCGAUGGACAGAUCUCCGAGGUUCUGAUCAUCGGCUACUACGACGAGACGGUCUUCCGCGACUUCAUCAAGGACUCGUCCAAGGAGUUCCCCGGCCUGAGCAUCAAGUACCUGCGCGAAUACGAGGCCCUGGGCACCGCCGGCGGCCUCUACCACUUCCGCGACGCCAUCCUCAAGGGCCGCCCCGACCGGCUGUUCGUCCUCAACGCCGACGUCUGCUGUUCCUUCCCCCUCGUCGAGAUGCUGGCCCUCUUCGACGACAAGGACGCCGAGGCUGUGAUUCUCGGCACCCGCGUCUCGGACGACGCGGCGACCAAUUUCGGCUGCAUCGUCAGCGACGCGCACACGCGCCGCGUGCUUCACUACGUCGAGAAGCCCGAGACGCGCGUCAGCAACCUCAUCAACUGCGGCGUCUACCUCUUCGCCACGGACGCCAUCUUCCCCUCGAUCAAGACGGCCAUCAAGCGCCGCGCCGACCGCCCCUCGCGCCUCGUGUCGUACCCGUCGUCGGAGAACCUCGAGAACAGCUACGUGUUCCACAACGACGAGGACGACGACGAGGAGCGCAAGAACGAGGUCAUCCGUCUCGAGCAGGACAUCCUCUCCGACAUGGCCGACACGAAGCACUUUUUCGUCUACGAGACCAAGGACUUUUGGCGCCAGAUCAAGACGGCCGGCUCCGCCGUGCCGGCCAACGCGCUGUACCUGCAAAAGGCCCAGCAGCAGGGGUCCCCCGAGCUGGCCAAGCCGUCGGCCAACAUUCUGCCGCCCGUCUUCAUCCACCCGACGGCGACCGUCGACCCGACGGCCAAGCUCGGCCCCAACGUGUCCAUCGGCCCGCGCGCCGUCAUCGGCCCCGGCGUGCGCAUCAAGGAGGCCGUCGUGCUCGAGGACUGCGAGGUCAAGCACGACGCGUGCGUGCUGUACUCGAUCAUCGGCUGGGGCAGCCGCGUCGGCGCCUGGGCGCGCGUCGAGGGCACCCCCAUGGCCGUCAACAGCCACACGACGAGCAUCGUCAAGAACGGCGUCAAGGUGCAGAGCAUCACCAUUCUCGGCAAGGACUGCGGCGUCGGCGACGAGGUGCGCGUGCAGAACUGCGUGUGCCUGCCGUACAAGGAGUUGAAGAGGGACGUCGCCAACGAAGUCAUCAUGUGA